AUGCAGCGUGUCUGGUUUCGUGGGCGGCGCACCGCCAUCUCCCGGAAUAACGCGCGUACCUAUCAGAUGGGCAUGGGUCGUACCGAGUAUCAUCAUUGUCAUUGUCCUAGGUGUAGCCUAAGCCCCUACAACAAGGCAGCCGUCAAGACCAAGGGCUACUAUAGCCAGCGCCGCGAUGGUCAGCGUGAUACCAUCCGCCAGGGUCUGGCCGACUACGAGGACGAGCGCUUGCCAACGCAUCGAACGCAGCACCUGACAGACGGCAGGUCGACAAGACAAACAAACAAACAUAGAGGGAUCGAAAGAGGUGUUGAGAGGUCAAGCGAGAGAGGACGGGAGAGAGAGAGGUCAACAGAGAUGUUAGGAGGUCAAGAGAGUUCAAGAGAGAGAGAGAGAGAGAGAGAGAGGUCAAGAGAGAUCAAGAGGGAUCAAGAGCGCACCGCCAGCUCCCAUGUGCGUGUGCGAACCGUCAAGACUCAACGCAUCGAGUACCAUCAUUGCCAGUGCCCCUGGUGCGCCCUGACUCCCUUCAACAAGGCGGCCGCCAAGACCAAGGGCCGCUACCGCAAGCGCCGCGAGGGCCAGCGCGACGCCAUUUGCCAGGGACUUGUCGAUUACGAGGACGAACACAACGGAUAA